AUGGCUCCUCAAAACCAACGGAUUCACAUCCAGGUCAAUGGAGGAUCACCCAAAGCUGAUUUUGCUAGGAAAGCGGGUUACAUAUGUAUGAUAGCUGAGCAUGGUACUGAAGGAAACGAUGCUGCUAGCGUCGCACAGAAUUCGCACCAUAUUUGCUCUUGCGAUAGAGGUACAUACUUGGUCAAAGCGUACCAAAAGUACACGGUCACUGUGUCACGGUGGCUAUACCGACUCAACUGUUUGCCCGUCUGGCUGUGGGGCUGCUGGGGCACGGCACUCCAUCGACGCCUCCGUCUGCGAGCUCGAGCGCCAUGCGGACAAGCCAGCCAACCCGGCCGAUGCUGGGCGUGCGGUUCCGGUGGAGCGCGCGACGCUUCGAAAUUGAGUAUGACUCAAGCGCGCAAUCGCCUCGCUGGCAGCGAGUCGCUGCCGGCAACACGCAGACGCAGAGAGCAGAGCUUCCUCGCUCAGAGGGUGAAGCUGAAGCGCAGCAGGCAAGCAGGCAGGCAGGCAGCAGAUCGAUUAAGCCGGGCACCACCGCCACAUAGUAGCUGUCUGACCAUCUAA